UGACGUCAGGGUGCGCCUCUGCAGUUCCCUCCGCCGAGCGUACGUACUUGCGUACUGACGCACGCAUGGCCCCUAGCGGGCGGGGGAGGAGUGGAGAGGUUGAGGCGCCCCGCCCAGUCGGCAAGGUUGCGCGUGCCCCUGUGAGACCGCCAAGAUGGUGGUGGGCGCGUUCCCUAUGGCGAAGCUGCUAUACUUGGGCAUCCGCCAGGUCAGCAAACCGCUUGCCAACCGCAUUAAAGAAGCCGCCCGCCGAAGCGAGUUCUUCAAGACCUAUAUCUGCCUCCCGCCCGCUCAACUGUACCACUGGGUAGAGAUGCGGACCAAGAUGCGCAUCAUGGGCUUCCGGGGCACGGUCAUCAAGCCGCUGAAUGAGGAGGCGGCCGCCGAGCUCGGCGCGGAGCUGCUGGGCGAAGCCACCAUCUUCAUCGUGGGCGGUGGCUGCCUGGUGCUGGAGUACUGGCGCCACCAGGCGCAGCAGCGCCACAAGGAGGAGGAGCAGCGCGCCGCCUGGAACGCGCUGCGGGACGAGGUGGGCAACUUGGCGCUGGCGCUCGAAGCGCUGCAGGCGCAGGUGCAGGCGGCGGCGCCGCCACAGGGCGCUCUGGAGGAACUGCGUGCAGAGCUGCAAGAGAUGCGCACCCAGCUCUGCAACCCCGGCCAGUCCGCGUCCCAGACAGAGCCUGUGUCCAAGAAAUAGGAGCUUGCUGGAGCCUGAAUUUGGGCGUGGCCGUAUGUACCUAACAGUGGCCUUCCCGUACCAUCGCUGCCUGCGCUGGCCCAGUGGAAACCACCAGGAUCUUGAUGCAACUUGGUAUUUGGUUACCCCGGCUGAUGGGGGCAGUGUUUACCUGCCACUGGGACCAGCAGGCAAAGCGUUGCAACAUAGCCCCCUCCAUCAUCCUUCAUCCCUGACCCCCCUCCAAACCAGGACGACCUGCAAGGCCCCAGCCAGCAGGACCUCGCAGGCACUCUGGCAAAUGAAAAAGUGGAACCUGGGCUUGAGCUGACUCCAAUGUAUUAUUGUUACCCCCACCCCCGGUUACCUGAUCAAAGUUAACCUUUCCUGGGACACUCCUCCCUUACACUGGAGCACCCCCUUCUUUUUGUCAAUCGGUACAGACCACUGUAAGGAAAUGAAGUGUCUUGCAGUGGCCUUUUCUCCCCGACACCUUCAACGUCACCUCUUGCUGGGGAUCACCUCUUCAGGAGAAAAAAGGUGUGGCUGGGAGCUGUGGCUCACAUCUGUAAUCCCAGCACUUUGGGAGGCUGAGGCGGGUGGAUCCCUUGAGGUCAGGAGUUUGAAACCAGCCUGGCCAACAUGAUGAAACACCCAUCUCUACUAAAAAUAUAAAAACUAGCCAGGCAUGGUGGCACAUGCCUGUAAUCCCAGCUACUCAGGAGGCUGAGGCAGGAGAAUUGCUUGAACCUGGGAGGUGGAGGUUGCAGUGAGCCACGAUGGCACCAUUGUACUCUAGCCUGGGCAACAAAGCAAGACUCUGUCUCAAAACAAAACCAAAAAUGAACCGCGCAUGGUGGCAGGUGCCUGUAAUCCCAGCUACUUGGGAGGCCGAGGCAGAAGAAUUGCUUGAAGCCGGGAGGUGGAGGUUGCAGAGCUGAGAUCGUGCCAUUGUACUCUAGCCUGGGUCACAGAGCAAGACUCUGUCUCCCUGGCCUGCAGUCAAUCCGUGGAAUCACUGUAACUCCUUUAGGCCCCAAGUGAACUGUUCCGGCAGAACCCCCUCAUCCUGAGUCUAUGGCACAACCACUGGAAUGGCGCUGCAGGGGCUUUUCUGGCAAUGUCCUCCAACCCCCUUUCCAUGGUGGAAAAUUUGAUCCUAGUUAGGGCUAAUCUAGCCUGUCCUUCAGCCUCGGCCUCCUGUUUUCCUGUCCUCAGAGUCCCUGGACCUUCUACUGCAUGGCGGGUCCUUUCUUACCUUCCCCACCAUGUAGCAUUUCUCAGGGCCCCAGUCAAAUCCCAGUCCACGGAUUCAGUUGUCACAUCCUCCCUCUUCCAUCUGCGUCUCCUGAUCUGUGUUCUUGUCUUCCUUCCUCGCAGCUCUGGACUGAUCUGACAGUCCAUCUUCAUAUAGCGGUAACCUCCUGCCUCCACGGUCCCCAGUCCCACUCCCAUCCCACUGAUGAGGCCACCAGUUGGCCUUAACUCCUUGAUUAAUUUCCUGGGGCUGCCAUAACAGGUCACCACUGUGUCAUGAACUUGAUGGCCUAAGUCCAACAAGAAUUGAAUUCAUGUGGUUCUGGAGUCCCGAAGUCUGAAACCAGGGUGCUGACAGGGACAGCUCCCUCUUCCAGCUCCCGGCGACUCCAGGCCUUCCCUGGCUCUGCCUCCAGCUUCCCACGGCCUCCUCCUCCUCCCCCUCCUCCUCCUUGUUCUCCUCCUCCUCCUCCUCCUCCUCCUCCACCUGUCAUUGCAGCUAGGGUCCAUCUUAAGUUCAGGAUGAUCCCACCUCAAGACCCUUAACCUGAUUACAUCUUUUAAAAAAAAGCCCUUUUUUCAAAUAAGCCGUCAUAAUCACAGGUCCUGGGGGUUAGUAUGUGGACAUGUCUGUUGGGGGUCCACCAUUCAAGCCAUUCAGCCCACUACUACUCCCCACCCCAAGAGUAUGCUGGUGUCGAGGCGUAGUGGUUCACACCUGUAAUCCCAGCACUUUGGGAGACCAAGGCAGGAGGGAUCUCUUUGAGCCCAGGAGUUGAAGACCAGCCUGGGUAACAUAGUGAGACCCCAUCUCUACAGAAGUAACAAAUGACUCAGGUGUACUGGUGCACGCCUGUAGUCCCAGCUACUUGGGAGGCUGAGGCAGGAGGAUCACUUGAGCCCUGGAGGUUGAGGCUGCAGCAAGCCGUGAUCACGCCACUACACUCCAGCCUAGGUGACAGAGUGAGACCCUGUGUCAAAAAAAAGGACUCUGGGACUCUUGCCAACCCCGCAGGCCAUGUGGCCUUCUAGCUGAGAGCAACAGUCUAGAAACCAUCCUUUGCCACUGGGUUUCUCUUCCAGGAUGCACCACUGAAGCGGGAGACAGGUGGGCCCCACUAGCCUGCAGUCUGCCCUUCCGACUGUAGCUGUCUCCUAAUUAGAGGAGCCGCAGGGUGAUGAAGGCAUCCUGAGUAUGUGUCAGAACCGUCACGUGGAUCGCCACAGUGGGUACCGAGCUUAUUAAAAUCAGGAGGGAAGUGGGGAGGGUUCUGCUGGGGAGAGGCCCAAAAGUCACCCUAUGAGCUGGGGAAGCUGAGGCCAAGGGUAAGCAAGGGGACUUGCCAGAGGUGCCACAGCCAGUGAGGGGCUGACUGCCCAGGGUGGUGAAGUAGCGGCGGCAGAGGGAUUACUCCGGCUGCAGAGUGAGGAGAGAGGCAAUGACUGAUCGGAGGCUGGGGAGUGACGAUGUCUACACAGGCCCAGGGCAUCCCAGAGGUGGCGUUGGCAGUAGGGGACUCUAUCCCCUCAGAGCAGCCCUGGAUCACACCUGAGAUUAGAGCAUUGAGUAAACGGGGUGACCAUUCACCUGGGCCUGCUCCCGGGAGGCUGCAGGUGAAAGUGGGAGGGCGGGAUUUACCCCACUUCCACCCUCACCUCCCUCCUCUAAGGAGGUAAAAAUGGCCUGAAGCAAGAUCUGCCGAUAGAGAGCCAAGAAGCAGGUUCUGAAACAGCAUUUCUUUUCUGUUUUUUUUUUUUUUUGAAGACAGAAUCUAGCUCUGUCACCCAGGCUGGAGUGCAGUGGUCCGAUCUCAACUCACUGCAACUUCCACCUACCAGACUCAAGCACUUCUCCUGCCUCAGCCUCCUGAGUAGCUGGGAUUACAGGCACAUGCCACCACGCCCAGCUAAUUUUUGCAUUUUAGUAGAGACCAGGUUUCACCAGGUUGCCCAGACUGGUCUCGAACUCCUGACCUCAGGUGACCCGCCCGCCUUGGCCUUUCAAAUGCUGGGAUUACAGGCAUUAGCCACAUCAUCUGGCCUGAAACAGCGUUUCAGUACGUUCUAGAAGAGGGGGAGAAGCUGGAGCAGAGGGAACUGACCAAGUGGGUCCUGAGUGGGGCUGUGACCCAGGCCGGGUGUGGUGGCUCACGCUUGUCAUCCUGACACUCUUAGAGACCCGGGUGGAUGGAUCACAUGAGGUCAGGAGAUCAAGAACAGCCUGGCCAACAUGGUGAAACCCCAUCUCUAUAAACAUUCAAAAAUUAGCUGGGAGUGGUGGCGCAUGCCUGAAUCCCAGCUAUUCAGGGGGCUGAGGCAUCAGAAUCGCUUGAACCCAGGAGGCGGGGUUUGCCGUGAGGGUUGCCAUGAGCCAGGAUCCGAACCACUGCCCUCCAGCCUGGCUGACAGACUGAGUAUCACACACACAGAAAGAAAGUGAUGGGAAUGUGAAGAUGGCAGGAGGAGCCUCAGUUCCUGACCCCAGCACCGUCCUGACCCGGAUGGAGUGCUGCUCUCACAUCUCACAGACUUUGUGCUCAGCCCUGCCCUCCUCUGACAGGUGGCCAGUCUUUGUGGGCAUCAGGGCCAUCUGCUUCCCCCACUGCAGUGUUGGGGGUGGCCAAGGUGUGUGGAAAUGGAAAGAACCUCCUCUCAAAAUGCAAAAGGCCAGAGGGUGGUUCACUGCUCGUGCGUUCUACUAGCUAAAAUUCCGUAUACCUUGCCAUUUGGGGAGAGAGGUUAGAAUAAAUUUGUAAAUGAAACUGA